UACUCUACACUGGUUUACAUGUCAGAGAACAUGAGCUGUGAACAGACAGAGGUAGUGAACUUUAUAUAGAGCCUGGUCUAUGUCUGUAGUCCAUGAGCUCCCUGUGUGGCCUGCUUCCCUGUGACUUCCUGUUGGAGAGGAAUCUAGGGAAGUUUUCUGUCUUGUCCGCAUGAGGUGCACAGGACCUUUGAGUGUCUCCAUAUUUAACAAAGUUGAAAUUUGAAUACCAUAUAUUCGUCUUUGUCUUCUUGACAGUCCUUGCUGGCGGGAUGAUGGGUCAUGUGUUGUCGUUCGGCCGCUCCCUGGUGAGGAGGAAGGUGGUGGAUCUCAACAGUCUGGAGGACUCCAAGCUGUGCCGCUGCCUGGGUACCGUGGAUCUCAUCGCCCUGGGCGUGGGUAGCACCCUGGGGGCAGGGGUCUAUGUUCUGGCUGGAGAGGUGGCCAAGGGAAACUCAGGCCCCAGCAUUGUGGUCUCCUUCCUCAUCGCUGCCCUGGCCUCUGUCAUGGCGGGCCUCUGCUAUGCUGAGUUUGGAGCCCGUGUGCCCAAGACUGGCUCAGCCUACCUGUACAGCUAUGUAACAGUUGGAGAGCUGUGGGCCUUCAUCACUGGCUGGAACCUCAUCCUCUCCUAUGUGAUAGGCACCUCCAGUGUGGCCAGGGCUUGGAGCGGGACAUUUGAUGAGCUGAUUGGAGGACACAUUGAGACGUUCUGCAAGACCUACUUCAGCAUGAACUCUCCAGGCCUGGCUCAUUACCCAGACUUCUUUGCAGUCUGUCUCAUUCUACUUCUGUCAGGACUCCUGUCAUUUGGAGUGAAGGAGUCAGCCUGGGUGAACAAGGUCUUCACUGCUGUCAACGUGCUGGUGCUCUUGUUUGUCAUCGUCUCUGGCUUCGUGAAGGGAGACCCCCUCAACUGGAAAAUCUCCGAAGAGACUCUCAUCAAUGUCACCAUUGUUAAACGGAACCUGUCUGUGACUGCUAAUGUGACCAGUGAUUAUGGUGCAGGGGGGUUCAUGCCAUUUGGCUUCAGUGGGACCCUGGCUGGAGCUGCCACCUGCUUCUAUGCCUUUGUCGGAUUUGACUGCAUCGCAACAACAGGUGAGGAGGUAAGGAACCCUCAAAAAGCCAUUCCCAUCGGCAUCGUGGUGUCUCUGACGGUGUGCUUUCUGGCCUACUUCGGUGUGUCUGCUGCCCUCACCCUCAUGAUGCCCUACUACCUACUGGAUGAGAAGAGCCCCUUGCCCAUGGCCUUUGAAUAUGUGGGCUGGGGCCCAGCUAAAUAUCUGGUGGCUGUGGGGUCACUGUGUGCCCUGUCAACCAGUCUGCUGGGUUCCAUUUUCCCUAUGCCACGUGUAAUCUAUGCUAUGGCAGAGGAUGGGGUGCUUUUCAAAGCCUUAGCCCGAAUCAAUCCUAAGACGAAGACCCCGCUUAUUGCCACAAUGAGCUCCGGUGUAGUUGCAGCAAUCAUGGCUUUCCUGUUUGACCUAAAAGCCUUAGUAGACAUGAUGUCUAUUGGAACUCUCCUGGCCUACUCCCUUGUUGCUGCUUGUGUUCUCAUUCUCAGGUACCAGCCGGACCUGCUCUAUGGAAAGCCGGGCUGUAACAGGGAGAAGGAUUGCCUGACAUCACCAGAAGGGGAGUCGGAGCUGACGGAGUCUGAGUCCCACAUCAACAUGCUGAAGGAAGGAGGUUCCACCCUGCAGACGGUGCUCAAACCUCCACUCGUACCCACAGAACAGUCCUCCUCUGUGGUCAACAUGGCGGUCUCCCUCUUAGUGUUGGUGGUGUGUGUGAUCAGUGCUCUGACCACCUACCAUGGAUAUGCCAUCAUUCGCAUGGAGACCUGGAUCCUGUGUUGUCUGGCCCUAUCCCUGGUGGUCUUCAUUGGCUGUGUGGUUCUCAUCUGUCAACAGCCUCAAACCAGCAGGAAGGUCUCCUUCAUGGUUCCACUCAUCCCAUUUCUUCCCAUCCUGAGUAUAUUUGUCAAUGUUUACCUCAUGGUCCAGCUGAGUGGAGACACCUGGAUACGCUUCUCCAUAUGGAUGGCUGUGGGUUUCCUAAUCUACUUUGGCUACGGAAUGUGGCACAGUGUGGAGCGCCAGCGCAGGCUCCAGGACUCCCUCAGCAGCCGUGCCAAGCAGGAGAAGAAGAACAAGGGUCCAGAGAAGACCAGCCAGUGUUAAAAAAAGAUCAGGGAUCCACACAGACUCUAGAAGGUCACCUGGUGGCCCCUGCCCCAGGCAAGACACAGACACACUACAUGCACACAGCAGCUAUCCCUAAAUACACUACAGAUGUAGGAUCUUAAUUUGAUCACUCUUUUGUUGCUGAGGAUUUUCCUGAACCGCAGGUUAUGCAGAUGAGCUUCUUGAUUUACAAAAAUUCCCUGAAAUCCCACACUAACACAUGGUUAUAUUAACAGUAUUGCACUUUUCAUGUAGCCUAAUUUUGGCCAGCUAAUAAACUAACCACCGAUCAAGCAAUAUUAUGGACUAAAUGUUCAAAUCCUGUUGCUGUAGGAUUAUUUUGCUGUGGCAAUACUGGUCAAAUUAAGAUCCUACAUCUGUUUAUACAGCUACAUGCCAUCUGUGCCUCAGUCACAUGCCAUUCUCCUAGUGGAGCUGUAGUAUACUGUAUUAAUCGUCAUGUGCCUUGGAGCAGUGAGGUGGGCUCAUUAUUAAAUCAAAUCGAUGUCCGUCUCCAUGACGAUGUGACCAAGUAGGAAAGGCUGAUUGGUCAGAAAGGUGUGGAAGCAUCUCCAACAGUCAACAAGAAGAGACAGAAGACAGGAAAUGACAGGUUUUGCAUUUCCUAUUACAAUUACAGUCAUGGACUAACUGUGGAAAGGCUUGGUAUUUGGUUUUGGCCUAACUUUCUAUGUCUUUUUCUGUAAGUCAGCUUAUUCAGGAAGUUUGCUGUUGGAAUCUAUUGUCUUCGUGUAGAGAGGUCAGUAGGUCACACUAUGCUAAUAUUAAUACCCUGUUAGCGAAGCACAGACAAUUUUCCAAUCUUGCUGAAAAAACUAACUCUAAAACUAACUCUAUCCAGGAUUAAUGAAAUGUACACUAAACCAUUCAUUUGCUUCUAAAUAGUGGCCACAUUCUGAAUGUACAUUCUGUACAAACGUAAACAGACAUACUAACAUGCACACACAGAAUAUUCAUUUCAUUCUUGGCAUAUAUAUAUGCACAUGCAUCAUUUUAUGUGUGCAUAUCAAUUUAGUACAUUCACAAAUAUGAUAUAACUGUUGGUGAAUGGUAUUUCUGAAAUGUGUAUCUGUCGAAUGGUAUUUCUGAAAUGUUCAUCUGAUGUGUGUUUUCCAUAAUGGUACUAAUGAUUCAGUUUGUGCUCUAUUUGACUUCUUGUCUUAAUGUUUUUGCAACAGGUGUUGUUGGUGAUCUAAUCGAACACAAGUUUAACUAGUCUUUAUAAAUGUUCUAUUCUGAUUACUUGGAUGUGUUACCGUCAUAAUCGUUUUUACAAUCGUGUCGUGAAGAUUGUAUGAAAUGGAAGUGGAGUGAAUAAGAGAAUUGCUUGUUCGGUGUUUGAUAUCACAUUCCGUACAAAAGACCGUUCCUCAUUGCUGUAUUUUUUGUGUGCAAGUGUUACAUAUCUUCUUAAGUCCUUUGGGAGAUUUUUUGUCUGUUAUUGCUAGACGGUGGACUGGACUGUCUUGAAAUUUGCCAUUUCUUGACAAAAUAUGCUCUACAGGCCACCUUCUCAUUUGAUGCUAGUCCCUUCACUGUUUUCUGAAUAGUUUCUUAGCAUCACAUAUAAGAUGUACCGUACAUGUUUUGCAGGAUAAUAUCCCAGGGAAAGUGACAGUUAAUGACAUUAUUCAACAGAUUUAAGUUAAACUGGUCUUUCAGUGUUUAAAUGGUCCAUGCUUUUUGCAUUAAUAUUCUACUCCAAGUCGGAGCUUGAUCAGUAUUUAAAGGUUCUCCUCCCCUCUCCUCCUCUCGUUUUGUGUCCAAAAAGUUUAUUAUGUCUACUUUGUAACUCUACCUUGGUUUCACAACCAAUUUAUGGGGUUUGAUAUGGAUGAGCAGUGAGAGAGAUAUUGCUUUUUAACAUUCUUCUCUUGGAGUAGCAGAGACGAAAAUCAUGUAAUUUUUUCCCAAAUUCCCAGGUUUUCCAGAAAUGCCUGUUGGAAGAUUCCUGGAAUCAAGGGGGAAUAAGCAGGAAAUCCUCAAAUUAGGAUUUCUGAAAUACCUAGGAGUUUUGGGGAAGUUACCAGAUUUUUACAACCCUAGUUAGGGAAGUAUUUUAGUAUUUUAGUAUUUUAUUUUCAGUUGCAGUUAAUCCACUGAUAGAGUUCUUAGACCUGUGGUAUGAUGAUGAUCUCAGAGUUCCACCUUAACCUCUGGUAUUGAGACCUGUGGUAUGAUGAUGAUCUCAGAGUUCCACCUUAAUCUCUGGUAUUGAGACCUGUGGUAUGAUGAUGAUCUCAGAGUUCCACCUCAACCUCUGGUAUUGAGACCUAUGGUAUGAUGAUGAUCUCAGAGUUCCACCUUAAUCUCUGGUAUUGAGACCUGUGGUAUGAUGAUGAUCUCAGAGUUCCACCUUAACCUCUGGUAUUGAGACCUGUGGUAUGAUGAUGAUCUCAGAGUUCCACCUUAAUCUCUGGUAUUGAGACCUGUGGUAUGAUGAUGAUCUCAGAGUUCCACCUUAACCUCCGGUAUUGAGAAUUCCUGAACAAUCUUAGUUUAGAUGAUUUUGAUGUACAUUUUCAUUUGAUCUUCUUGAAAGAUAAGUGGCUGAGGUUAUGCUAUAUCAUGUCAUGAUAAUUUACUGCAAAAGCAUUAUUAUUAUUAUUGUUUUUUUUAUAUUUGAUUUCACUUCAUCGAUUAAAGUUUAGUUAGGUUAAUUAAACGUGGAACAAAAGAGCAGAGCACAUUAUGUCCCAGGGGACCUAGAUCAUGGUUCAGGCAUAUGUAGCUAGUGUUGUAGCUUAUAAAUAUAUCAACAGAAUGAUCCUCUGUAAAUGUACCCAUUAUGUAGUGACAUGGUUUUCCAUUGUUUAUACUAACUGUACUAUUGUCAAUAAAUGUAUUUUUAAUAAGAUCAGUUUAUGCAAGAGUGUAUUCUGUGAGUGUUCUGCACAUUGUCAGACUUUGCAGUAACUCAGUGAGGGGAGGAUAUAUAACUGCUUGUCUGUCUGUUGUAAAUGGUUGGUAUUAAUAAUUGGUAAUAAAAACCUACUUGGUUUAGAA